AUGCUGUCACGGGAACCUCAGAUUGGGCGUGGGCCGGACGUAGGCAUAAGAGGUGAUCAUUUGAUCGACUUGGGUCCGGUUUCGGCAAUGAACUUGAAGCUAGACGCGAGGCCCACUGUUCUGCCUUCACGAGAUGCCGCUCGUCGGCGGGCUGAAGUCCUCGUUCAGACCAAGGGCGGGGUCAGCGCUCUUUACCAGUCUGUACGGGAACAAACUCAGAAGCGAAUAAUUGACGUGAUCUCUCAGUCAACCUCCAAAAAGACCAAACCUUCUCCACUUACACAGAUACUAGACUCAGUACCACCCUUGAUGGAGAGCAGCGAAAAAACUCAAAAUGUGUCAGACAAUUCUGGGGGUGAAAAGCGAGAAGAGCUUGCCAGAAUGGUCAGUCAGGGUUCGCGUCACGCUGAUAUUGCUGCUGCCGACGAAGCCAUUGCUGAACAAAGGUUGCUCUCUCGCCUCGAAGCGCGUGAUAACAUGGAGCAGAUGCUCUUGAAUCAGCACGAGCAGGAAUGCCAGAUCGUCACUUGUCUCAGAGAGCGAAAAGGGCCAAAGCUGGCUGGUGAGAAAUUACUCACCCGUGGAAUCGAGGAAAAAUAUCUACCUUAA